CAACACCACACAUACCGGCCUCUUUCACCCUCGCCAACACGACGAACGCAUUCCGCUCCACCGAAAUCGACUUCAGCAUCUGGCCUGCGACCUCCCCCCACCCAGCGAUCAAUCACACUCGUAUUGCGACGCCGCAAGUUCACCGGCCACACAUCCCAUCGAGGGCCUGCCAUCGGGCCAUCCGUUCCUUACCCGCCUCACGACCGACGACAAUAGAGCAAACAUGGACGAGCAGGGUCAGAAUGACGAGUUGUACCCCAUUGCCGUCCUCAUAGAUGAGCUGAAGCACGAUGAUGUCCUUUUACGAUUGAACGCCAUCCGCCGACUGUCAACGAUCGCCCUCGCGCUGGGCCCAGAGCGAACCAGAGACGAAUUGAUUCCCUUUCUUGAUGAGUCCGUGGAAGAUGAGGAUGAGGUCUUGACUGCUCUCGGAGACGAGCUGGGGAAUUUUGUCGAGUACGUUGGCGGUCCUGAGUACGGACACGUGCUCCUUUCUCCCUUGGAGAAUUUGGCAACCAUCGAAGAGCCAUUGGUUCGCGACAAGGCCGUCGAGUCUCUCAACAAAAUCUGUGACCAGCUUUCCCAGCAGCAGGUCGAGCAGUACUUCAUUCCAUUGACAAUUCGCCUGUCAAAAGCCGAUUGGUUCACCUCGAAGAUCUCAGCCACCGGGCUGUACAACACACCAUACCAGCAUGCAACCGCUCAGUCACAAGAAGGUCUCCGCCAGCAAUUCUCUCAGCUCGUUCACGAUGAUACCCCAAUGGUCCGCAGACAGGCCGCCAACAACCUCGCGAAAUUUGUGAAGAGCAUGCCGGCAGCCAUUGUCAUUGAGGACAUGAUCCCUCUUUUCCAACAUCUCGCUGGAGACGAUCAAGAUAGCGUGCGUCUGCUCACCGUGGAGGUCCUGAUCGCGAUCGCCGAAGCGGUGCCAAAAGAGCAACAAUCUAGCCAUGGUGUCUUGCUCGCUGCGCUCCGCAGCCUGUUCGAGGACAAGAGUUGGAGAGUGCGAUACAUGGUGGCAGACAGAUUUGAGAAGGUCGCAAAGGCAGUUGACGAUGAAGUGAUUGCACGCGAUUUGGUGCCAGCCUUUGUCAAGCUUUUGAAAGACACGGAAGCAGAGGUUCGCAGUGCGAUUGCUGGACAAAUACCCGGUUUCUGCCAACUUGUCGACCGCCAGGCACUCCUCAGCGAGAUUAUGCCUGCCGUGGAAGACCUCGUUACGGACUCCUCGCAGCAUGUUCGCGCCGCGUUCGGAAACCAGAUUAGUGGUCUGGCUCCAAUUCUCGGCAAGCAGGAGACGACGGAGCAUCUCCUUCCUAUGCUCCUCCAGAUGCUCAAGGACGACUUCCCGGACGUCCGCCUAAACAUCAUCUCGAAACUCGAGCAGGUCAACAAUGUUAUUGGCAUUGAGCUCCUCUCUCAAUCACUGUUACCGGCCAUUGUCCAGCUCGCAGAGGACAAGCAGUGGCGCGUCAGACUUGCUAUCAUACAGUACGUGCCUCUUCUGGCCUCCCAGCUGGGUGUGGAGUUCUUCGACGAGAAGCUCAGCAGUCUCUGCAUGUCUUGGCUCGGAGACACGGUCUUCAGCAUCCGUGAAGCCAGCACACAGAACCUCAAGAAGCUCACUGAGGUCUUUGGUGUCAAGUGGGCAAGCGAAGCCAUUGUUCCGAAGGUCGCAGCCAUGGCCGAACAUCCCAACUACCUCUACCGCAUGACAACCUGCUUCGCCGUAUCGAUCCUCGCUCCUGCCCUCUCUCUACCCGUCAUCGCCCAAUCCGUUCUCCCCAUUCUGGCGCAGCUUGUCGCCGACCCAAUCCCCAACAUUCGCUUCAACGUUGCCAAGUCAUACGCCGUGCUUGUCGACAUUCUCAAACGCCUACCCGACGAUGAGACCUCCACGAUCGCCGCGUUAGAGAAGGAAUCCUCUUCGACGUUUCCAGGAAGCGAACGCGGAGCACAGCUUAUUCGCGACGAAGUCAUGCCACCGCUCGAGAAGCUCAUGCAGGACGAUGAUGUCGAUGUCAGGUAUUUUGCGACGACAGCGAGCAAAGCGUGGACGGAUACCCAAGACAACGCCAUGGAGACUUAG